ACUUUUAUAAUCUACUUUCACUUUCAUUUUAAUCCACACGUCGAAAAUGUGAAGAUUUGAAUACUAGUAAUCAUAAGCUGCUAUCGUUGCAAUGGCAACAAGUGCUUCAAAUCGAGGAAUCCGACAUGUGGCAUUAACAGGAAGACCAGGGAUAGGAAAAACAACUUUGAUAAAGAAAAUCCACAGUGCUCUUAGCAAAACUGGAGUGGAGGUGAGAGGGUUCUAUACAGAGGAGCUUCGUGAAAGUGGGCAGCGAAUAGGAUUUGAUGUUGUAACCUUAGAUGGUAACCGAGGACCGCUUGCCAGAGUACAAGAGAGUGAGAGUGGGACUGUUUCAAAUAAACGGAGCUAUUUGGUUGGAAAGUAUGAAGUACAACCCAACUCUUUUGAAAACACAGCACUUCCUACCCUGAGGAUUCCAAAGAAUGCACAGACAGAAUCCAAGUCUCAAGUGUUUAUCAUCGAUGAGAUAGGGAAAAUGGAACUCUUCAGUCAAUCUUUUGUAUCUAUGGUAAGGGACGUUCUAAAGAAUCCAAAAUCAACCAUCAUUGCUACAAUACCUGUUCCCAAAGGCCGACCAAUACCUUUUGUGGAAGAAAUCAGGAACCAUACACAAGUUCAAGUUUUUACAGUUACCAUGGAAAACAGAGACAAGUUACUUGAGGACAUUAUGGGAACAUUACACAAUGUGACUGGAUAGGGGAGACUACUGUACAGGGGGGAGGGCAUCUUUGUAAAUAUAGAAAAAUAAAGUUGUUUGAAAAAGAAAAA